CGCAGCAAAUAGCUAAUGCGGGAGGUUGGACAAUUAAAGAUAACUCGAGGGAUGGAGGGUAAAAGUCGGAGGUUGGACAAUUAAAGAUAAACUUUCUAGAAGUGCUAGGUGUGUAGCUUGGGUGGUGAUAUAACAAUAAUAUAGAUUAACAAUACAAAAGGAUUAUUGUAAGAAUAUAAUUUACUUUAAAUAUAUAAGAAUAGUAAUUUCCCAAUGGAAUUAGUGUUUUAAUUUACUAUUUACACCAACUCUACCUGGGUUUAAAUAAUAACAUAGAUUAAUCCUUCAUUUCAUAGAUUAUUUUAGUAUAGAUAAACUAAAGGUGGAAAAUUUAGGGAUUUAGAAGUGGUCUCGAUUUGGGGAUAAAAUGGCGAGAGCGAUCUCACCAUGCAUCUUCUGUCAAAUUGCUGGAAGUUCCAACUCCACGCCCCUCCUUCAUUCUGUUCGUUCCUUGGAUGAUAAGGUCGUUGCAUUUAAAGAUAUCAACCCUUCAGCCUUCAGGCAUUACUUGGUAGUCCCUGUGGAGCACAUUCCGACAGUCAAUGAUCUUCAAAGAAGAAAUGAGGAUUACACUUUGGUAAGUCAUAUGAUAAAUGUGGGGGAAACGCUGUUACGCCGAGAUGCACCUCAGUCAAAUCAAUACAGAUUUGGUUUUCAUCAGCCUCCAUUUAAUAGUGUUGACCAUCUCCACCUCCAUUGUUUCGCUCUUCCCUUCAUACCUAGAUGGAAACAAUUAAAAUAUAUGUCUUUGGGACCACUUGGUGGGUUUAUUGAGGCUGAGAAGUUGUUGGAGAAGAUAAAACCUUUCUCACCAAUCCCUCCAUAGGUGCAAUGGAAUCACAGUUGGAUUUCUCUCCCAUAUUGAGCUCUAGGUUUUUUUUAUAUAUGUGAAGUUCCUUGAGAAGUCAUCAUUAUUUGUUCAAGAUAGAGAAUGCCAUUAAAAACUUAUUCUUCAUAAGCUCUAUGAAUAUUUGUUGUUAUACUAGAGAAGGGUCAUUGUUCUUAAUAAUCAGACAUAAACUUCUUCACAGGAUCAUAUUCAAAAUGUCCACAGAUUUUUCAAUGUCAAUUGUGUAUUCCAGAUGUACAAGUGUCUUAUGAAUCUGCAAUUUAUGAUGCUUGAGAUUCUUGUAGCAUAA